CCACGAUGUUCGUCGUUAAUAUCUUUUAUUGAAUUCUCUCGGGUGUUCACGGGGAGAUCCAAAAUCAUGUAAUUCCCAGCCAACAGCGCAGACACAACCGACAAUCCCGGAUGGCCAGAAAUUCGGUAUUUCGUCCGGCCCAACAUGGAUUGUGGAUAGCCGAGGAUGAAAGUUGAAGCUACUACGGUACUGUCAUCACGGUAACAGGGAUCAGGAGAGUGAAAUUCUUCUAGGAACGGGGGGCGAUAUCCGUUCAAGUCCCAUAAGACUGCGGACAUCUUUGACCACUGGUUCAGCGAGGUACCCGGUUGGGCAAGAUUAGGGAUAGCAGGGUGUAACCAGAGCAAGCCCUUAGCACUUCUGAACGCGAAGGCUUAUGCCACCCGUACCAUAUAUUAACGCUAUAUCUCCCUCUGCGAACGUUUCCGUGGCUGCGAGCCAAAGACCACACCACAGCAAGCCGCGACAAAGAAAAUCACAUAUCUACCAGCCCCACUACCCCCGCUACCCCCAAGAACCCACGGAUUCGCACUACUACCGCGCCCCCCUAAGACAUUUCCGCUCGCUUCCAUCCGCCGCUAAAGCCAUGUCUUUCACCCCCCGAUUCCCGCCCCCCCCGCCCUACUCCCUCCUCCCUGGAGAGACCGAGAGAACCCUAUCAGCCGAUACGGCCCCACCACCGCCGCCAUAUCGCCCACUUCCCCGCGUAGCAACAUCCCAUACCGUUCACGAACAGUCGGCAGAGCAAGUUGUAAUCUGGCUGCGUUCAAAACCCGUUUUCGCACCGUGGGAGUACGAAAAUGUCCUGAUCAUACUGUGGCACGAAAUGGUACAGAGGCGAUUGGACGAGAUUUUGGCUACCGCCUCCGGACCCGAGAGCUCGUUUUGGGAGGAUAUGCUGGUGGAGGUUGAGUCGGAGAGGGAUCUCAGGUUAGUUACCAGAUGUUGUAUUGGUUCUGAUGCGUUCUCUUGGAUUUCUAGAGGAACAGGGAGGGGUGCGAGGGGUGUGUGCGAGGGAGUGUAUAUAUUACAGGGAGUAGGUGUGUUUAUGCCGCACAGCUCUUGUGUAGAGGAUUACCAAACACACCUGUUCAGUUUUCGCAGCGGAAAGUACGCCGUCCCUAAUGACGCCAGAGUCCGGGAACCUGUACUGCAUUAUUUAAGUAAAGAUUUGCCAUUAUGGGACGUAUUUCGAAACAUCAGUUCCUGGGUGUCUUCGCAGAUCACGUACCGAAAAUGGCAAGAGCCCAGCUCCGCGUCCGUGCACACGACAAUGCUUGCGAGGGAGCUUUGUGAAAAGAUUAUCCGACCGAUUUUCCAAAAAGAGAGCGACCCACCGGAUUUGAGCGAGAUUUUCAGUGGGGGAAGGAAAAGGGGAGUGCUGACGACAUUGAAGCCGGUUGGUUCUACCCAGUGGUAUUCACACCUGUAUACGGUACCCUUUGACAUUUGUGUCGGGGGUGGUUCAGUUUGGGGGGCCGCGGGUCGGGGCGGUGGUGCCGAUAGCAUACGGUGGAGCCGGAUCACCCAGAAUUCAGACUCUGUGGUGAAUAGAUACUACCUAAAUAUCUAAUCAGCUAAAAGUAGUCAUGGUAACCUUCUCGUG